GGUUUUGUGCAAUCCUCUUUCCAGGUGCUUUUCAUUGUGUAAUAACAGACAUCUAAGUGAUUUUACUCUCCUCGUGUUACCUUCUCGUAAUAAACCUUGUAUCAUCCUUAUACCUGGAGUCGGGCAGUUGUGCGCGAAAAUGAUUUCAACCAAAGGAAAAGAUCGCUAUCUCGCUGCACUUGAAUUAUCCUGGAAAACAUCUUCAUCGAGGGAAACCCUGGCAAAUUUUGCAGAAGAUGUUACAGCUCAUACAAUGAGUCACGUCUCAAGUCUUGCGUCUCCCGUUUUUCGUGUUCUUGGUGUUGGCAGUGGAAACGGGAAAACAGACUUGAGAAUUCUAAAUUCUAUAACAACAGCCAUGGUAUCGUCACAGAUGAAGAAACCAGUGAUUCACACCACCAUCACUGAACCCAGCGGUGACCUCAUACAGGAGUUCAAGUCAUCUGUGACACCAUUGCCGCAGCCAUUGGGUAGUCUGGCCGAUUUUUCCUUCGAAUGGCACCAGAAGACCUUUCAGCAAUUCAUCGAGUCGUUUCCACUCGAAGACUGCUUCGACAUGAUUCAUUUCGUAGCAGCCCUGUACUACAUGGAUGCCGAGAGCUCCUUAAAGAGCUGUCUUAAGCUGCUUGCCAACGGUGGAGCCAUGUUCUGCACAGUUGGACCAGAAAAAUCGUUUUUUCCGAAGCUGGCUAAAAUACUUCAC